UGCUUUGCUGUUCUCUUCAUCAAUUCCAUCCUCACCUGCAAAUCAAAUCACUUUUUUUUUUUUAAUUAAUUAAUUAAUAUUAUUAUUAUUAUAAUAGGCUGCAGUGCUCAGCAUUUUCAUUUUCGAUUCCUCGUCGUCUCCGACCGCUUCAUCGGACGGCAAUCCAACUUUCAUUUGCUUGCUGCUCCGACACAGAGGUAGAUGGGCACUCCAGUUAACAUUAUUGUCGGAUCCCACGUAUGGGCUGAGGAUCCUCAAAUUGCCUGGAUCGAUGGACAAGUCUUGCAGAUCAAAGGAACAGAUGCAACCAUUCUUACUUCAACAGGGAACACUAUAGUUGCAGCUAUUGCAAGCAUUUAUCCGAAAGACACCGAAGCGCCGCCGGCCGGUGUCGACGACAUGACCAAGUUAGCCUAUCUGCACGAGCCCGGUGUCUUGUACAACCUCGCCUCUCGGUUCGCUCUCAACGAAAUAUACACUUACACCGGGAACAUUUUGAUCGCCGUGAACCCUUUCCGGCGGCUGCCGCAUCUCUACGAUAUCCAUAUGAUGCAGCAGUACAAAGGGGCUGCAUUUGGGGAGCUAAGUCCUCAUCUUUUUGCCAUUGCAGAUACAUGUUACAGGGCGAUCAUCAAUGAGCACGGCAGCCAGUCGAUCCUGGUGAGCGGAGAGAGCGGCGCAGGAAAGACGGAGACGACGAAAAUGUUGAUGAGAUAUCUUGCAUUCAUGGGAGGAAGAUCAGGCACAGAAGGAAGAACAGUUGAACAACAGGUUUUGGAAUCCAAUCCAGUUCUUGAAGCGUUUGGCAAUGCUAAGACAGUGAAGAACAACAAUUCGAGUCGUUUCGGCAAAUUUGUAGAGAUUCACUUCGACAAACAGGGGAAGAUCUCGGGAGCUGCAGUUCGAACUUAUCUACUAGAAAGAUCGCGCGUUUGCCAAGUCUCGGAUCCGGAAAGGAACUACCACUGCUUCUACAUGCUCUGCGCCGCGCCGCCGGAGGAAGUGAAAAAGCUCAAACUAGGAGAUCCAAGAACAUUUCACUACCUCAAUCAAAGUAGCUGCUACGAUGUCUCGAACGUAGAUGAUGCAAGAGAGUACCUCGAAACGAGAAACGCUAUGGACAUUGUCGGGAUUAGCCAGGACGAGCAGGAGGCGAUAUUUCGAGUAGUAGCCGCUAUACUUCAUUUGGGCAACAUCGAAUUCGUCAAGGGGAGCGAAGUCGACUCUUCGAAGCUCAAAGACGACAAGGCGCGGUAUCAUCUUCAGACAGCAGCGGAGCUGCUUAUGUGCAACGAGAAGGGGCUCGUCGACUCUCUCUGCCAGCGUGUGAUUGUAACUCCCGACGGCAGCAUAACGAAACCACUCGAUCCCGGCGCAGCUGUCACGAGCAGGGAUGCGUUGGCGAAGACAAUCUACUCCCGACUAUUCGAUUGGAUCGUCGACAAGAUCAACAGCUCGAUCGGUCAAGAUCCUAAUGCAAAAAGCAUUAUCGGCGUGCUCGACAUAUACGGGUUCGAGAGCUUCAAAAUCAACAGUUUCGAGCAGCUCUGCAUCAACCUAACGAACGAGAAGCUGCAGCAGCAUUUCAACCAGCACGUAUUCAAGAUGGAACAAGAAGAGUACACUAAAGAGGAGAUCAACUGGAGCUAUGUUGAAUUUGUCGACAAUCAAGACGUCUUGGAUCUUAUCGAAAAGAAACCAGGAGGAAUAAUCGCCCUUCUCGACGAAGCCUGUAUGUUCCCGAAAUCAACACACGAAACGUUUGCGCAAAAGAUGUACCAAACUUACAAAGGCCACAAGCGCUUCAGCAAGCCAAAGCUCGCGCGAACUGACUUCACGAUAAACCAUUACGCCGGCGAUGUUACAUAUCAAGCUGAUUACUUCCUCGACAAGAACAAGGACUAUGUUGUCGCAGAGCAUCAAGCUCUCUUGACUGAAUCGAAUUGCUCGUUCGUCGCGAGUCUCUUCCCUCCGUUGCCGGAGGAAACAUCAAAGCAGUCCAAGUUUUCUUCGAUAGGCAACCGAUUCAAGCAACAACUACAAUCUUUGAUGGAAACCUUGAGCACAACAGAGCCACAUUAUAUUCGAUGUGUCAAGCCCAACACGGUCCUAAAGCCGGGGAUCUUCGAGAAUUUCAACGUCUUGAACCAGCUAAGAUGCGGCGGUGUGUUAGAGGCUAUAAGAAUAAGCUGUGCUGGAUACCCGACGAAAAGAACAUUUGACGAGUUCAUAGACAGGUUUGGAAUGCUGGCGCCGGAUGUAGUCGAAGGGUAUGUAACAUCACAUUCUUGUCUCAUUUUCGCCUCAUCGAUCACUCCAUUUAAGGCCUACUGCUUUCUUCAUUACAGAUCAGACGAGAGAGUGGCUUGCAGCGCCAUCUGCGACAAAAUGGGCUUAAAAGGCUAUCAGAUGGGGAAGAGCAAAGUGUUUCUCAGAGCAGGUCAAAUGGCUGAAUUAGAUGCUCGAAGAGCAGAAGUUUUAGCUCGCGCCGCGAAAUCUAUUCAGAGGCAAAUCAGGACAUAUCUUGCCCGAAAAGAGUUUAUAAUCCUAAGGAAGUCUUCGAUAAACAUCCAGAAGCUUUGGAGAGCUCGACUUGCAAGAAAUGUUUACGAACACAUGAGAAGAGAAGAUGCUUCUAUCAAAAUACAGAAACACGCGCGCAGUCGUGCAGCAAGAAAAACUUACAACAAGUUACAGGCAGCAGCAAUUGUGAUUCAAACAGGACUGAGAGCAAUGGCAGCGCGGAAUGAGUUCAGACAACGAAGACAAGACAAAGGCGCAACGAUAAUUCAGACACGUUGGCGAAGUUUCCAUGCUUUAUCGACCUAUAAACAGCUGAAGAAAUGUAGCAUUUCAGUUCAAUGCCUGUGGCGAGCGAGGAUCGCGAGGAAGGAGCUUCGAAAACUGAGGAUGGCUGCAAGGGAGACAGGAGCGCUUAAGGAAGCAAAGGAUAAGCUAGAAAAACGAGUCGAGGAGCUAACAUGGAGACUAGACAUUGAAAAGCACCUGCGGAUGGAUAUCGAAGAAGCAAAGGGACAAGAAAUAGCGAAACUGCAAAACUCCUUACAGGAUAUGCAAACACAGCUCCAUGAAGCGCAUGCCACCAUCAUUCAUGAAAGAGAGGCUGCAAAGUUAGCAAUCGAACAAGCCCCGCCAGUCAUUAAAGAAGUACCAGUUUUUGACGACACAAAGGUCGCACAAUUAACCAAUCAAAACAAUGAACUCGAGGAGGCGCUAGUUGAGCUAAAGAAGAAAGUGGAGGACUUUGAGCAGACACAUUCGGAAGUAGAGAAGGAAUGCCGCGCCAGAGUUAAAGAAGCCGAAGAGGCGCAGAUGAGAGCUUUAAGGCUGCAAGAAACCAUUGAAAGAUUAGAAGUGAACUUAUCGAACCUUGAAUCCGAGAAUCAGAUUCUUCGCCAGCAGGCUUUGGCUGAGUCGUCGAAAGAGGACUUCACCGAAGAAAUGGAACUGUUGAAGGAGAAGAUCAGAGGUUUGGAGUCAGAGAAUAAGCUUCUUCGAGCUCAAAAAGUAGUCGUAGAGCGAAUCGUGAACUCUGAUAAAAUGCAGAAACUGGACAACGGAUAUCAGAGCCACGACGAAAUCCAGCAGACAGAGCAACAUUCACCGUCGAAAACACAGCAACAGAUAACUGAAGACUUGGAGGGCUCUCCUCCUCUCCUUUCUAAACAAAGAUCGUUGACGGAUAGGCAGCAGGAAAAUCACGACGCUUUAAUCAAAUGCCUUCUCGAAGACAGUCGAUUCGACGAUAAGAACAGGCCUGUUGCAGCUUGUGUUGUUUUCAAAGCACUCAUUCAUUGGAGAUCAUUCGAAGCCGAUAAAACGGCUAUAUUCGAUAGGAUUAUUCACGCAAUCCAAUCAUCGAUAGAGAAUCAGGACAACAUCAGAUAUCUCGCCUACUGGUUGUCGACAACUUCGACUCUUCUAUUUCUUAUGCAAAGGACUGUGAAGGCCAUGAAUACACCAGCAGUGUCUUCGAAGCGCAGCCGAAGUUCGCCGAUCACAUUGUUCGGUAGAAUGGCACAGGUUCGAUCGUCGUCUAUACUCACCGGACUAUCGAGCGGAUACAGCGGAAUGGAGGGAAGUCCAACAAUUAAAUCGCGGAUCGAAGCUAAGUACCCUGCUCUGCUGUUUAAGCAACAUCUAACUGCUUGUGUCGAGAAAAUCUACGGCAUGAUUCGCGACAGUUUGAAGAAAGAGAUCAGCCCCUUUCUCAGUUUAUGCAUUCAAGCGCCACGAGCUGCGAGGAUCAGACCGGUGAAAGGAUCGUCAAAAAACAUUCACUCGCACAUCAUUUCGAAACAGCAGAGCUCCAGCAUACAUUGGCAAAACAUAGUUCAUAGUUUGGAUCAUACGAUGGCGAUACUGUCUGAAAAUUACGUUCCUUCGAUCAUCACACGGAAAAUUUUCGGCCAAGUCUUCUCAUUCAUAAAUGUGCAGCUCUUCAAUAGCUUACUUCUUCGCCGUGAAUGCUGCUCGUUUAGCAAUGGCGAAUAUGUGAAAGCUGGAUUACAAGAACUUGAAAAUUGGUGUAUGAAAGCAAGAGAUGAGCGCGCCGGAUCGUCAUGGGAUGAACUCCAACACAUUCGACAAGCUGUGGCCUUUUUGGUCUUGCAUCAGAAAACUCACAAAUCGCUCGAAGAGAUUUCGAAUGAACUCUGCCCGGUGUUGGGCAUUGCUCAAAUAUAUCGAAUCGGGACCAUGUUUUGGGACGACAAGUAUGGAACACAAGGAUUAUCAACGGAGAUCAUUGCAAAAAUGAAAGUGCUGACAGUAGAGGAUUCGAUUAGCUCACCGAACAACACGUUCUUGCUCGAUGUCGAUUCGAGCAUACCUUUUUCGAUGGAUGAGAUAUCGAAAUCUUUCCAAGAUAUCAAUAUAUCCGACGUUGAUCCGCCGCAGCUUCUUCGUCAGCGAUCGGAUUUCCAUUUUUUGUUGCAGACAACCACAGAAUGAGUACUUCUGCCGGCCUCCAGUUUUGAUUCUUUUUCUUCUUUUUUUUUUUUGGUGGUGGUUCUCUUUGUUCGUUGCCAUUUUUUUUGGUUAUGAUGUGAGAAUCCAUGAUGAUUUAUUGUCAGUUUUACGAUUGUUUGUAGACAUAAAAAUUUGAUUGAUACUCGUUCGAUUGACUUACUUACAUAAAGGUUAUGCAACGCACAGUUUUUUCAAACAUUAU